AUGGUUGGAAAGAGCGGUAGACGUUUGCUGAGCUAUGUUUCUGAACAAACGAGACAUACUACAAGAAAUUAUGCUACUGCAAAAAGAGUUGUUGCGGCAAAACCCGUGGUGGAGAUGGACGGAGAUGAGAUGACUAGGAUCAUUUGGGAAAAGAUUAAGGAGAAACUAAUAUUUCCUUAUGUUAAGUUAGAUUGUCUCUAUUACGAUCUGGGUCUUCCGCAUCGCGAUGCUACCGACGACCAAGUCACCAUCGACGCUGCUCACGCAAUCCUCAAACAUAACGUCGGUAUUAAAUGCGCCACCAUCACACCCGAUGAACAGAGAGUUGAAGAAUUCAAGCUGAAGAAGAUGUGGCUGAGUCCUAACGGAACUAUUAGAAACAUUCUCGGAGGUACGGUCUUCCGUGAGCCCAUUCUUUGCAAGAGCAUUCCGCGAGUUGUUCCCGGGUGGACCAACGCUAUUGUAAUUGGUCGUCACGCUCACGGAGAUCAGUACAAGGCUCAAGAUUUCGUCGUUCCUAAACCUGGCAAAGUUGAGAUGGUUUACACAGCUGAAGACGGCACAGUGCAGAAACGUGUGUUGUAUGAUUUCAAAACCCCCGGCGUCGCUCUAGGCAUGUACAACACAGAUGAAUCAAUCCGCUCUUUUGCGCACUCCAGUUUUCAGGUUGCGUUACAAAAGAAGUGGCCGCUGUACCUGUCUACUAAAAAUACUAUUCUGAAACGAUAUGACGGCCGAUUUAAGGACAUUUUCCAAGAAAUUUACGAGAGCGAUUAUAAGAAGAAGUUUGAGGAUGCAAAGAUCUGGUAUGAACAUCGCUUAAUCGAUGAUAUGGUAGCUCAAGCAAUAAAAGGAUCGGGUGGCUUUGUGUGGGCCUGUAAGAACUACGACGGUGACGUUCAAUCUGACGUCGUCGCGCAGGGUUACGGGUCGCUGGGUAUGAUGACGUCCGUGCUGAUGUGUCCCGAUGGACGCACGGUGGAAUCUGAGGCAGCGCAUGGAACCGUGACGCGUCACUACCGCAUGCAUCAACAGGGCAAGCCCACCUCCACUAACCCAGUGGCCUCGAUCUACGCCUGGACCAGGGGUCUCAUCCACCGCGCCAGACUCGAUGGUACCCCUGAGUUGGAACGCUUUGCGAACUCCUUGGAAGAGGCCUGCGUGGAGUGUAUCGACAGUGGCAAGAUGACCAAGGACCUAGUCAUUUGUAUUCAUGGAAUGGCUAAUACUAAAGAGGGAAUGUACUUGAACACAGAAGAUUUCCUCCAGGCAAUUGCUGACCAACUUGAGCGUAAAAUUACUAAGUAAAUGCCAUUGUAAAUUAAAUAUUCAAGUGUAGCUAAUACUAUAUCAAGUAUUCCUUAUUCUAUUUAGCAUUUACAUUUUUGGCUUCAUUUUGAUAUAUUUUAUUUGAAUACUACUUACUGUCACAAGAAGUCACAACUUUGGGGCCAUUUCUGUUUAGUGCAUUUGAGAUGUGUUUGAAUCAUUGUCAUUACUAUAAGUUUUCAUAGUAAAAUUUUUAUCAUCACUUUAGAAAUAGACAAGAUCUAGGUGCUAUUGUUACUUAAGAAUGUAUAAACAGAAAUAGAUAAUGUAUAUAUGUUUUGCUAUUAGAUCAAUUAAUAUGAUUGUAUAUCAUUAAUAAUAAUACAUGAAGUAAAUAUUGUAUCAUCUUUAUUUGCAUUUAGUAGAAAAUUACAAAAUUCUAUGCCAAUUGUUUUAAUGAGCUUGUAGUUCUGUAUAUUUUUAAUUUUUUUAUACAAUAGAUAGUGUUACUACAAUUUAAUAAUUAUAUAAAUAAUAAAACAAA